CUGAGCAUCUCACGCCUAUAAAUAAGACUAACUGCCUUGGUCGGCAUCACACACACUCAAGAGACCUGAAGGAAUUGACCGAAAUGGGCGCUCCUACUUGGUGCUUGAUCGUGGUGCUCGGCCUUCUGCAGACAACCGGCUUCGCCAGAGAGAUCUUCAGCAUUGGCGCAUGGCCGCAAACGGGCGAUACAUCCAUCUCUGCAUCAACGGAUCAGUUCGUCGAAGGAUCCCGGUUGGUUGACGUUUGGAGUUUCGCCGAUCACGACCUGGUGCCAGCCGCCUCCGGUGGACACGGCGGACACUCGUCUAAGAAGGGCGGCGGCUCCAAGAAACACGAGUCGCACUUCUCCGAGGGCGGCAAAAAGGGCAAGAAAGGACACAAGUCAGACCACGGAUGGCACAAGGGCGAAAAGGGACACCACGACAAGGAGGGCAAGAAGGGCGACUUCUCGGAGGACGGAGGUCACAAGAAGGGUCACCACGACGAGGGCGGCUACUACGGUGAGCACCACAAGGGCAGCAAGGGCGAGAAGGGCCACAAGUACGGCGACGAGGACAGUUACAAGAAGGGUCACAGCACCAAGGGCUCGCAUGACAUCCACAAGCUCGACGAGCACAAGAAGGAGAAGAAAUUCUUUGACGAACACUACGACGAGGCCCACCAUGACAAGAAGGGCUCCCACCACGAACACCACGAGGACAAGAAGGGCGGUCACGAGAAGGGAGGUCAUCACAAGGGCGGUCAUCACGAGGACAAGUACGGAAAGAAGGGCCACUGGGGCAAGGGUCACCACGACAGCAGCAAGAAGGGGUGGAAGGGCGAGCACGGUGACGAGAGCCACCACGACGACGAAGAGCACUGGGGCAAGAAGGGUGGCGACGAGGGCAAGGAGGAGUGGGGCCACUCUUCCAGCAAGGGAGGUGGUGGCGGAGGCGGUGGACACCACUAAACACACCAUUUCGACCUUUCGAACUGAAACUUUGAUCUGUUACUUUGACCAUACCUGCCAGUUUUCAUUGUUGAUGUUGUUGUCUGUUAUUGUUGUUAAAAAGAUUGCCGAGUAAAUCUUAAGUUUAGAAAUGAAAUUGAAGAGUUUUUGUUUAAAUCAUCCUAUGAAUUGUUGGCAGUUACGUUUUUAGUUUUAUAAAUAUUAUAAAAAAAACCACUUAAAACUUAAUAGAAAUAUAUUCUUCGAUCGACUUUUGAUCGUUAGUAAUAAAAUAUUUUAAUUAGAAAAGGAUUCAAAAUCAAUAAAAAAAAUUGCAAAUGCAUUGGAAGUUUAUUGAACUCCGGCUCCGUUUGAUUGCUCAAACCGCUUGUUACAACAGUGUAAUAGAAUGUGAUUUGGCACACACACAAUUGUGCACUCAUUCAGUUAGAGUGAGAGCGCAACAAAAAGAGACGCGAGCCAUUUAGCUGCGCGUUAGAGCGAUAAAUUGAUUUACCGAAAAGUUAAUUAAGCCUUAUUUAUUUCGCAGCUGCUGACGCAAACCCAUAUCCGCUCUCUUUC